UCUUCGGUUCUUUGUCCGUCGACCCAUGUCGCUCCCCGUCGAGUCCCGCGACACCCGCGUGUUCCCGCCCCGCCAAACCCCCGCCGCCCCGUCGCGAUCGGACCUCGCUCGGGACCGCCCCCCGGCCGAACCCUUUUGGCCCCGAACCCUAGACGCCGCCCUCGCCCGCCUCAGCCUCCUGCCUCCUCCCCACGAUCACGGGGCGCGCGCGUACCCGGGCCGCGCCGAGGUGGACUGCGGCGGCGGCGGCGGCGGCGCGGGCGAGGUUUGCCCGGCUGCUUUGGAGGACGGUGGUGAGCUGAGCGGCUUGAGCGGGCGGAAUUUCGGUGUCUGGUCCCCGGAGUUUCGCCACCCCGGGGAGCAACGUCGGCGGCGCCUGCUGGGGUCUUGUCCUGACGGGCGAGGAAUUUCUGGGGCCGAGGCCGAAGCGCUGCGUCCGGCGUUGAACACUUUUGGCCAGGUUUGUCUGUAUAGGGAUGGGUCGUCGGACUGUUAUACGGAUAGGAUUAGCCAAGUCUCGCAAAAUACAAAUCUUUCGCAGCAAAACGGGUUGUUAAGCGAUUAUGCCAGGCUUUGUUUGGGUGUGAUUGAUAAUGGCUCCCGUUCGAACGGGCUUGUUCCAGGAAGUAGUCUGAAUGAUAGGAGGGCGCAAUUUGCGCAAGCUGCGUUGAACUGUACAUCUGUAGAAGCUAUGCGAGGCCGGAUAGAGUCCAUUGCCACAGAUCCAGAAGGCUUCCGGGUUUUGCUCUCCAUGAUGGAGAGGAUGGACAGGGAUGAGACGGAACUAGUUUUCUCGGAGACUAUCGGGCGUGUUGGCUAUUUGAUGACCGACCCUUUUGCGAACCAUGUGGUGCAGAGGCUCGUUGAAGUCUGCAGCGAGGAACAGAGGAUGCAAAUUUUGUAUGCGGUGACCUGGAAUUCUCAAAUCGUUAGCAUAUGCCUUAGCACAUAUGGGAUUCGUUCAAUACAGAAGUUAAUGGACACACUUACCACUCGUUGGCAAAAGAAUGUGGUUAUACAUGCCCUCGCACCUUUUAUGUAUCAAUUGAUCAAGAAUGCCGUCGGUCACCAUGUUAUCCGGCACUGCCUAAAGGUCUUCUCAAAUGAAGAUAACGAGAUCCUUUAUGAUCUGGUGGCUACUAAGUGUUAUGAGAUUGCAACUGAUAAAAGUGGAUGCUGCAUUCUGCAACAAUGUGUUGAACAUGCUCAAGGAAAGCAAAGAGAUCGCCUCGUGGCUGAAAUUACAGCCCAUGCCCUUCUGCUAGCUGAAAACCGCUAUGGCAACUAUGUGGUACAACAUCUGCUCACUUUGGAGAUCCCACAAGUUGCUGAUGAUCUUCACAGACAGUUCCUUGGCAACUAUGCAGUUCUAUCCUGCAAUAAGUAUGGCAGCAAUGUCGUGGAGAAAUGCUUGAAAGAGAUGGGAUACAACCAAUUCAAACAAAUUGUUGUGGAGUUGCUUGAAGAGUUCCUGACGGUCCUCUUAAACGAAUUUGGAAACUAUGUCAUCCGAAGGGCAGUUGAGGUGUCCAAGGAGCAGCGGCAGACCCAGAUCUACUACAUUUUGUCAGCAGAGCUCAAGAGAUAUGAUCCACUAAUCAAGAGCAAUCCUUAUGGCAAGAAGGCAGUCUCUCGGCUCGAGAAGCAAAACAUAUUGCCCUGAUGAGGAUAUGUUUUUGCUCAGAAAUACAGUUGCAUAUUUUGAUUUCCGCCAGUUGGUCUUUAAGCUAACCUUUCUGUUGGUGUUUGUUGUUGUUGUUGUUGGGUCUUAGGCUAAUAAGUGUUCUGUGCCGGUGUUUGGUCCAGAGUUCAUCUUGUCAUCUGUGGCUUGUGAAAUAGGGAGACAUAUUUGAGUUCAUUGAAAUGUUGUUUUUCAUUUCUCUCACACAGACUUUAGGAGGUUGAAAGCAAUUUGGGGAGUUGCCUUUUCAAGUGUAAAUCAAUGGAUCUGCCCACUGUCGAUUGACUUAUACUCAUUUGUUGCGAAUAUAGUUCUUGCUCCGAGUUCAUCUCU